GCAACAUUGAUAUGAAAUGUCUAAAUCUCAUACUUCAAUACCCACUUCUUUGUCAUAAAAAAUCUAAUAUCCCAGGUCACACAUAGGUUCAAAAGUUCUGGAUCUAAAAAAUUGAGUUCUAAAGCUUUUGGGGUUUGAAGAUGGCUGAAGGGUAUCACGGAAUGGGGAACAAAAGCCACGAGUAUGCAUCAAAUUCCACCCAGGUUUUGGGUGCUGCAGCCCUGGUCACAUCUGGGGUAAUUUUGCUGUUUCUGGCAGGCCUAACUGCAGUGGCCCUGGUGCUUUUGGCCCCUGUAUUGGUCCUUUUAAGCCCCUUAUUGAUACCUGUAGGAGCCCUGCUCUUUGGGACAGUUGUUGGGCUUCUUUCCGCUGUCUAUUUUGGGCUGGCAUUAGUUUCUGGUGUUAGAUGGUUUUACAACUAUGUGAAUGGCAGGCGCCCUCCUGGCUCUGAUCGGGUAGACUAUGUGCGUAUGAGGGUAAUUGAUACAGCAAGCCAUGCGAAGGACUAUGCUUGGGGAUGUGGUGGGUAUUUGCAGGCGAAGCUGCGGCAUGCUGCCCCUGGAGCUUAAGGAAUACUUUUGUGUAUUGCAGAGCCCUGGUUGCAUAUAGAUCUGUCAUUUAUCUUUUGAUGGGGGAAAAGCAGAUGAUUGGAGCAUACUGGGGCAGCGGCACGCCCAUUUCAGGUAACUUCUCUUGGUUUUUGCAUCUGUUUCUUUUCAAUCCCAUUUCUGUGCAUUGCUCAGAACAGUGUCCUUUGAAGUUAUCCUAUAGAUCUUUGAAGUUAUCCUAUAGAUGUUAUUAUAAAUUCAUGGCUGAUGUGUUUAUGCUGGAGCAAGUUUUCCAGAUUAGAUUUGCAUCCCCUGUAUAUCUUGUUUAUCUUCUCUGUAUAGUAGUAUACAGGGGAUGACAGAGAAUAUUUCUUCUCAAGGUCUUUUCUACAUUGCUGAUACUGCUGAUAACAUUAUCUUUUGAAGUUAUCCUAUAGAUGACUUUAUGAAUUCAUAGUGGAUGUCUUUAUGUUGGACCAAUUUGUCUAGAGUAGAUUUGUAUCCGUGGAUAUCUCCUCUAUAUACAUGGCAUGACCAAAGACAUUUCUUCGCAAUCUCUUUUCUACAUUGCUCAGACCAGUAUCUUUUGAAGUUAUCCUAUAGAUGUGUCUAAUGAGUUCAUGGUGGAUGUCUUUACUCUGGACCAAUUUGUCUAGUAGAUUUGUAUCCCCUGUAUAUCUCUUCCAGAAGACAUUUCUUUUCAAUCUCUUUUCUUCAUUGCUCAGAACAGUAUCUUUUGAAGUUAUCCUAUAAGUAUUAUUGUGAACUCAUGGUGGAUGUCUUUAUGCUAGACCAAUUUUUGUAGAGUAGAUUUGAAUCUCCUUUGUAUACCGGGUAUGGCAGAGAACAUUCUUCUCAAUCUCUUUUCCACAUUGUGCUCAGAACUGUAUCUUUUGAAGUUAUUCUAUAGAUGUUUUUAAUGAAUUCAUGGUGUAUUUCUUUA